AUGAAGCUGUACCCCUCCCUCAACCCCGACCUCGCCGACUGGGCCGCCCGCCAACCCGUCUUCUUCACGGCCUCGGCCCCAACCCACCACCCCCACAUCAACGUCUCCCCCAAGGGCCUCUCCGCCCACUUCGCCGUCCUCUCGCCCAACUUGGUCGCCUACAUUGACCGCACCGGCUCCGGGUGCGAGACCAUUGCCCACAGCUACGAGAACGGUCGGCUGACGCUCAUGUUCAUGUCCUUCGGGCCCGCCCCGCGUAUCCUGCGUCUGUUUUGCAAGAGCCGGAUCGUGGAGUGGGAUCACCCGGACUUUGAUAAGUGGAUGAAGCGUGUCAUCCCGCAGAGUGAUGAGGCCGGCGGCGUUGGUAACAGUAACAGGGAGUCGUAUGAUGGUGCUAGGGCUGUUGUUAUCGGCGAGGUGUGGGAGGUGCAGACGAGUUGCGGGUAUGGCGUGCCCAUGGUGAGGAGGGAGCUUUAUGCGCCUGCCACGGCAGACGAACUCUCCGUCUUUGAAGAGCGUCCCACGCUCGACUACUACUGGAAAAAGCGCGUCGACAAUAAUACCGUGAAUACCUACCAGGUCGAGACGAACCGCACCUCCAUCGACGGGUUACCCGGGCUGAAGGCAGCGAGGCGGGAUGCCGGGGAGACGCUCUGGGUCGCGGACCUCAAGGCGGAGGUGCUGCGCGCUGCGAGGGAGACGAGGGGUGUUUUGUUGGGGGUUUUGAUUGCUGUUUUGGUGUAUUUUGGUACUGGGGUGGUGGGUGGGUUGGUUGUGAGGUGGAGGGAGGGGAGGGAGCAUAAUUGGAUUUGGCCUAAUUGA